AUGCUAUAUUCUGGGGGCACGUUACGUACACGGUGUUUCCGGAGCUUCUCCACCUCGUCAUUCCAAGCCGUCUUAUCCCUCAAUAACGUAUCUGUCACCGCGUACUGGUGCAUGUGCAUGCGCCAGUUUCGGGGGAGUAUAGAUGAGCCGUCUUGUGCAAGCAAAGCGUGGCUCUUGUUUCUAAUCCGACUGCAAGCGCAUUGA